AUGAGUGCGCUGAAUUCUGAGGACAGACUGCUCGCUCAAGGACACUCCUAUUUCACUAAUAAUGUUUUCGAGACGACUCGUGAGCUUUAUUUCGAAACGAAUGAACGUACUCGCCUAUUGCUCGAAACCGACCAAGGAACUUCUCAUGGAUCUUCAUUAAGUCGCGAAGACACACCUAUUCAGGUCAACUAUCCUGUUUAUCACGCGACAAGACUGCCACGCAUUGAUCUUCCAAAGUUUAACGGCACUUUAUCAGACUGGCUCUCAUUUAAAGACCUCUUCCAUUCUUUAGUUAUAGUGAACCAUUCUAUAACAGCGGUCGAGAAGUUGCAAUAUCUGAAGACGAGCUUAACCGGCUCUGCCGCCCAUCUGUUGAAGAACAUGGCUGUAACAGAGGACAAUUUUCCUAAGGCUUGGGAGACGCUUUCCUCAUUUUAUGAGAACAAAACGUUAUUGGUUAACGCUGCACUUCAGUCGCUACUGAAUCUAAAACGGAUGAAUAAAGAAUCCGCCAUGGAUCUGGAACGCCUGUAUACUAGUGCCAUGCAAAUAUACACAUCAUUGGAAACCUUGCGACGACCAGUCGAAAGUUGGGACGACUUCCUUGUCUUCCUUAUUGUACAACGGCUCGAUUCGGAGACUGUUAAGGCUUGGGAACAACUCCUCGGAGCAACGACCGAGCCUCCUACAUGGAUCAAGUUUACCGACUUUUUGGUAUCUCGCCUUCGGUCACUACAGGCUUAUGAGAGGUCGCGAUCUAGUAAAUCUUCGAUAACACCACUACCAACCGCCCUUAAGGCUCAUUAUCAGGGGAAGUCAAAAGAGAAGGAAGGCCACCAAAACCUUUGCUGCUCUCUUUGCUCGGCCAAGCAUCAUCCUUCGAAUUGCCAUCAGUAUCGGUCGAAAUCUUUACCGCAAAGGCUGGAGAUUAUUUCUAAGCACAAGUUGUGCUACAAUUGCUUAGGAACUCACCGUGUGGCCGCCUGUCGAACCGUCAGACGUUGUGUAAGAUGUGGGAAAAAACAUCACACCUCCAUUCAUCCGGGUUUUUCCCAACCUACUAAAGCCGAGCCAGAUAGCACCAAGCCAACCAAACCUUCAACGGUUACAUCUGCCACAGAAACGGCUCGGGCAAUGCACUCGAUCGCCACCGCUACUGUAAUUUCUCCCAGGGUGUUGUUGGCUACUGCUCAAGUCAGGCUCGUUUCCUCAAAUGGUAAUGUCAUUACCGUGAGAGCUCUGAUAGAUAAAGGAUCGGAGGUGUCUUUAAUUACGGAAAGGACAGUACAACUUCUACGAAUGAGUCGAACCCGCUCAUCGGUAUCGUUGACAGGAAUCGGCGGUAAAGCCUCAAACAAGACAAGAGGGGUGGUUAACGUUCACCUUCGUCCUAAUUUUCCAUCUGAAUUUCAAUGCGCCGUCACCGCACAUAUCCUUACUCAUCUUACAGCUCCAGUUCCAUCGGCCACGACAGAUCAAACCUUAUGGCCACAUCUGGAAGGAUUACAACUUGCGGAUCCACUGUAUUCAGUCCCGGGAUCAAUUGAUAUGAUUCUAGGAGCCGAUCUGUAUGGCUCAAUCAUCGGAGAAGGCCUUAUUAGAGGGACUUUGAAUUCUCCAAUCGCACAAUACACAAAUCUCGGAUGGAUCAUUUCGGGGCCAACUAGAGAACCCGACCAAGCAACGGUCGGGCGAGUUUACCAUGUGAAGAUUGAAGACAAUCUAUAUUCGUUGCUUCAUAAAUUCUGGGAGUUGGAGGAAGUUCCGCCUUCGCCUACGAGUUCUUUAUCUCCUGAAGAGCAGGCCUGCGUGUUGCACUUUGAGACCACCCAUACAAGGGACUCACAAGGGCGUUACACUGUGAGACUGCCCUUCAGAAAAUCUCCUGAUUUGUUGGGAAACUCUAAGGAAAAGGCUGUCCGUUUCAUCUAUCGCUUACAUCAAAAAUUCGAGUCGGACCCGAACUAUGCGCAGCUAUAUUCGGACUUUAUAAAGGAAUACGCGGAAUUACAACACAUGAUUUUAGUACCUGACGCCGACCCAGAACCACCUGCUUCCUUUUAUCUACCUCAUCAUGGGGUCGUUCGAGAGACUAGUCGAACCACGCGACUUAGAGUCGUAUUCAACGGUUCCAGUAAGACUACUUCUGGAUCUUCAUUGAACGACUUAUUACAUAUUGGUCCCAAGCUACAAACUGAUUUAUUCGACGUACUCAUUUGGUUCCGGCAAUUUCCUUAUGUAUUUUCCUCGGACAUCGAAAAGAUGUAUCGCCAAAUACAAGUACAUCCUGAUGAUUGGCGAUAUCAGCGGAUUUUUUGGAUAAACUCCGAAGGUUCGUUGAAUACCUACCAGCUUACCACUGUCACAUACGGACUGAAAUGCGCUCCGUUUCUAGCCCUUAGCGUGAUGAAUCAGUUAAUUCAAGAUGAAGGAAAGGAAUUCCCUCAAGCAGUCCCCGUUCUGACCCAUGGCCGUUAUAUGGAUGAUAUCUUUGGAGGUGGCGAUUCUAUCGACCAAGCACGAGAACUUGUUAACCAAGUAAAUCAGUUAUGCAUGGCGGGCGGCUUCCGCCUCCAGAAAUGGGCUACAAACCAAGCCGAUAUUCUAGACGUCCUUCCCGAAAGAAAUCAGACUUCUUCGUCCUCCAUAAGAAUUGAAGAAGCUACUACUAUUCCAUCGCUCGGCGUUACAUGGCAACCUCAUACUGACUCCUUCAAAUUUACCUACCUUCCUAUUAUCCAGGAACCGGUUACUAAACGAACCGUACUGUCUACUAUAGCUAAGAUAUUUGACCCUCUGGGGUUAAUCUCCCCUAUCACUAUUGGGGUUAAAAUAAUUAUGCAAGAGCUCUGGUCAUUGAAACUUAAUUGGGACGAUCCGCUCCCAUCCUCUACAACUCGACGGUGGGCUAUAUGCCUCGACGCAUUGAAAGAUUUGCCUACAUUAAAUUUUCCAAGAUGGAUUGGGCUAAAAUCCAACCAACCAUUUGAACUUCAUGGGUUCUCAGACGCUUCCCCUCAAGCAUACUCCGUUGUAGUUUACAGCCGCACGACUUCUGAAGACGGGAUAGUGCAUGCCCAAUUGAUCUGCUCCAAAACCAAAGUUGCACCAUUAAAGCGGAUAACAAUCCCACGUUUGGAGCUUGCAGGUGCCACAUUGCUAACUAAACUCGUUAAACAUCUAUUACGCCUCUUGGAUCGACUGGGCGUCCCAAUUUAUCUGUGGACGGAUUCAACUGUCACUCACACUUGGAUCUCCAACCAUCCUUCCAGAUGGAAGGAUUUCGUUCACAAUAGAGUAUGUUUCAUCCAAGAAACAUUGCCGCAAGCCCAAUGGGGUAUCGUACCUGGAGCGGAAAAUCCUGCAGAUUUGGCAAUCCGAGGCCUGACGCCUCGUCAACUAUCUGAACAUUUAUCGUGGUGGACUGGACCAAUUUGGUUAGUGGAGCCACCAUCUUCGUGGCCAACCCUCCCAAUCAACUUGGAGGAAGUAGAUAACUUAGAGGAACGACCUGUUCAGAUAACCACAGUUGGUGUUCAACCAUCCGAAUGUUGGGAUCUAUUAACUAGAUAUUCCUCCCUUAAGCGUCUACUCCGCAUUACAGCUCUUUGUAGAAGAGUCAUCGAUAGAUUCAGAAAGAUUCCUAAUUCCUCCUUAGUGUAUCCGAUUACCACUCAGGAAUUGCAAACCGCUAAAUUAUUCUGGGUAAGAGUGAUACAGCAAUCGAACUUUAAUCCAGAAAUCCAGUUACUUUCGGAUGGAAACUCAAUACCUUCUUCUCUAACUCGACUUACCCCUCAUCUGGAUCCCGACGGAAUUUUACGUGUGGGAGGCCGCCUUCAAUCCUCAUCUUUGAGUCAUGAUUCCAAGCAUCCGAUUAUCCUCCCAAAACAGUCUCCUUUUACCACGUUAGUUAUCGCAGACGCUCAUUUAAGAACUUGUCAUGGUGGAACUCAGCUCACCUUAUACACGAUUCGAGAAGAAUUCUGGAUCAUCGGAGGUCGAGUUCCUAUCCGAAGUUACAUAUUGAAAUGUAUACGAUGCACUCGCUUUCGUCGUGCCCGAGCUCAGCAGAGGAUGGGCCCCCUACCAAAAGAGCGAGUAACUCCUUCCCGACCGUUCCUCAACGCAGGAGUUGACUACGCUGGACCCCUCACUCUCAAAACUUGGAGAGGAAAAAAUGCUCGCACGUAUAAGGCGUACAUUGCCCUGUUUGUGUGUCUUGCAACCUCCGCCAUUCACCUAGAACUAGUGACGGAUUAUACAACAGACGCCUUUAUAGCGGCCUAUAAACGUUUCACCGCACGUCGAGGAAUUUGUGCUACUCUUUGGUGCGACUGCGGUACAAACUUCAAAGGGGCUGAGGCUACAUUGCAACAACUAUUUACAGCAGCUACCAAAGAAGCUCGACACUUAGCCGACCUACUAGCAACCGAUGGAACGCAGUGGAAGUUUAACCCUCCAUCGGCCCCCCACUUCGGUGGAAAGUGGGAAGCAGGGGUAAAAUCGGUCAAGUACCACCUACGCAGAGCUAUAGGAGAAUCCGUAUUAACGUACGAGGAAAUGACCACUUUCCUCAUUCAAGUGGAAGCCAUUCUCAAUUCUCGGCCGUUGUGUCCAUGUAGUGACGACCCAGAGGACUUAACCGCGCUAACUCCAGGUCACUUCCUUAUUGGUAAUGCUCCUAAACUUGUGCCUGAACCCUCUUUGGAGGAGGAACGCAUUUCUCGACUAUCAAGGUGGCAACUCCUACGUCAAAUGAUUGACCAUUUUUGGACCCGGUGGUCUCGAGAGAGUUUACAAAGGUAUCAUGCCAUCUCUAAAUGGACUCAAAGGAAUAAGACGAUCCAUGAGGGUUCAUUGGUCUUAAUCGUCGAUGAGAGGUAUCCGGCAGCUAAGUGGCCGCUCGGACGAGUCACCGCUACUCACCCUGGGGAGGACGGGCUUAUUAGAGUUGUUACUGUCAAGACUUCAUCGUCUACCUUUAAGAGACCGAUUGUCAAACUCUGUCCACUCCCUAUUCCAGGAGAUACUCUAUAG